AUGCCGGCAUUCCAUAGAUCAGCGUCAAAACUUAUCCCCCUGACAAGAGCCUCCGCAAGACCACCAACUCAUCUCGUCUCGAAACCUCAACUCAACCCUCUCACGCGACGCCAAUUUCACCUCUCAGCCGUAGGAGAUGCCGUUGUCUUCACGGCAAACAGUAUCUCGUCCAUCCACACCGCCGGAAUCCCAUGGUACUUGUCCAUCCCGCUCGUCGCUCUCGGAGUGAACUUCUCCUUCCGCCUGCCCAUCCAAUACUACACAAGGCAGCUGGUAAUUAAAAGAAGCGCCCUGAACCCGCUCGUAUCAGCAUGGAGCUCACGUCACGCCGUUUCCACUCCAAGGGGAAGUAGCGAGCAUGCGGAGCGUCUUUGGAAGCUGCGCGUCGCAGGGUUGACGGAGAAGUCCCGCAAGAGGAUAUACAAGACGUUCCGGGUGCAGCGGUGGAAGACGCUGGCGCCGUUUCUAAGCAUGGUGCCGUUUGUCGUCGUCUCGGAGGCUCUGAGACGGCUUUGCGGCGCUCCCAUGGGGUGGAUAAGUCAUUCGAUUGGGUUGGCGAAUAUGGACAAGGUGUCUGCUACCUUGUCGGAUGCGAGUGGUUUGUUCGACGAGGGACUCGCGCAUGGCGGGUGUCUGUGGUUUGCCGACUUGACAGCCAUGGACCCUUACUAUGUUCUGCCGAUGCUGUGUUCGGCCUUGUUGGCGCGAACGUCUUGGGGGAGGCUGUCCAAGGAUCAGCUGGGCGUCCUGUUGAGUCUUGACGGGUCCCGGGCGCCAAAGACGCCGAUGGCGAGGAUACAGACGGGCAUCGGCCGGGCACUGCUCUUGAUUCCACUGUUUCCUAUGUUGUUUGCGGAUCUUCCAAGCGCUAUUUUCUUGUACUGGGCGACUACGUUUGCGCUCAACGACGUGAAUGAGUCCAUCUUGGAGAGGGCUAUUCCCAAGCAGGCUCCCAAGCUCAAAAUGGUGCAGAGAAUACCUCCCGCAUUGCCGUAUUUACGGGGAAGUCACGGAGACGCGAGCAAAGGUGCAGGGUCAGUGCACUAG